AGGCGUGCUGGAGCUUAGUUCUUGUACCGCAGCCGGCGCGCUUGGUUCUCUCUCACACUCUCUCUCUCUCUUCAAUAACGGUUCAUAAAGGGUAGAGCUUUCCGUGUUGAGUUGUAAGGAAAAUCGGUCUUUAAUUUCCGAGUCCAAACCGAGCAAAGCCGAUUUAAUUCGAAUAUUGAGUUGGAAAAAAUAUUCCAGCUAUUUGAAUUCUUGCUAGUAGUUUGUGAAAAAAUACUGGGGAAACCGCACAGGUAUGACUCAUUUAAUGAAGCUCAUUGAUCUCUUAUAAAUACCGUGGUAAGCCAGUUUCGAUUCUGAAAGUGGGGAGGAAUUCGUGUAAUUAAAGUGACGGGACUGAUUCUCCUCUAAAAAAAAUCAUGGGCUCAAUAAGCAGAAAUCAUCAUUUGGAGUACACCUUCGUCAUUCUCUCCCUCAGUCUUCUGAUUGAUAAAGGAGUGUUCUGCCUUCAAAGGUUCGAGAAACAACCAUCCUACUCGGAAGUCAAUCCAGGAGAUGACAUUAAGCUGGAUUGCAAAAUUCUGAACAAAAAAGGAACCUGCUCAUGGCAAAAAGACAAUAAGCCAGUGGGCAUCUACGCGCGUAAGUAUGAGUGGGCGAGCGGGAAGGCGGGUGAGCGAGAGGGGGAGUGCUCCCUGUGGGUGAGGGCGGCCACCCUGGAGUUCGAUGACGGAGAGUGGGAGUGUCAAGUCACCGCUUCCGAUUUCACCACUCAGGAUGCCCUCACUUCCACCCCUGUGCGUCUAGUUGUCAGAGUGGCUCCGCAGAGGCCUCGCAUCGAGCAUCGCGGCGCUCAGGUGCUUCCGACGCACAACGUGACUGUGCGUGCGGGAGUGCCAUCACACAUCAAAUGCCUCAGUCGAUACGGCAAUCCCCCGCCAGUCAUCAAGUGGAUUCUCGAUGACAGAGACGUAACAUCCAGUAGCAACCAGACCAAUUCUCCAGAGACGGACAAUCCAAGGACGUGGUUGGCUGUGUCUGUUUUGACCUUGACCUUGGGCAAGGACAGAAAUGGGCGUGGCCUACAGUGCAUUGCCCUUCAUGAGUCCUACCCUUCACGGUCGAUGAACGUUGAUGCUAAGAUAGACGUCACAUAUCCGCCAGAAGUGCGCCUGAUAGGUGCACCGUCCGGUGACGUGGAAGAGGGCCAGGAUGUGCGCAUGCGCUGUGUGACGGAUGCCAACCCAACGGCUGCCGUGGCGUGGAGACGCGCCGGCCAGGCGACCGUGUCCAGUCUCGACGAGAAGCUGCACUUUGUGCCCAUCUCCCGCAACCACUCCGGCAACUACACCUGUCAGGCCAAAAACAGUCUCGGCGCCAGUCAGCCCAUACCUGUGCGCCUAGAUGUCAAGUAUCCGCCAGUAAUCAAAAGCGUAGGACUGGACCGCCUGACCACAGCCAUGCUCUACACCCAGGUAUCAGUGAUGUGUGAAGCUGAUGGAAACCCUCCCCCCUCCUACCGCUGGCUGCAGGCUGUUGAUAGCAACACCUCCUCAGCUGCAGGGGGAGGAGGAGGAGUAGGCAGUGAGGAGGGAAGGUGGCUGGUGAGGAGUAGUGACUCACUCAUGCUGCUCAGGAAUGUCACGUACAAGCAUCAGGGUGAAUACGUUUGUCAGGUGACCAAUGUUAUUGCUGGCAAGAAGAGACAGGCGCAGAGUCAUUCGUUGACUAUACAGGUGGUUGGGGGCCCACAGGUGGUUCGUGACGAGGCCGAAGAUGUGGUGGUGGUGCGAGGUGCAGACGCGACUCUGCGCAUGGUGGUCUGCGCAGAUCCACGGCCACACUCGGCCGCCUGGGAGUGGGAGGGAUUGCAGCUCAAGGCUGGCGAAGACCGCGGAAAGUACCAGGCUGAUGAACUCAAACAGGUUACGAAAACAGAGGACUGCUAUGAGGCAAGGCUGUUUGUGAAAGGAGCAGAGCCUUCAGAUUCUAGCAGCUACUUCCUUGUGGCCAAGAAUGAGAAGGGCACAGACAGGCAUUGGGUGAAGCUCGUCGUUCACGAGCCGAUUUCUCUGCCAACCCUGAUUGGUAUAGUGUGCGGAUCGCUGUUUGCAUUCCUCUUGUGUGUACUCUGCGCAAUCUACUGUGUAAGAAGAGAAAAAUGUCGAGCAAGAAGUAAAGCUGAAUAUAAACCAACAGAAUUGGAAAGUGAUAGGAGCGACCUGGAGAGUAUGAUUGGCAGGAAAACAUUGAGCUAUGAGACAGCAGCUGGGGGUCUUCAACGCAAUGGAAGGACACAAGAUGGCGGACCUGCCACUCAUCUCUACUGCAGCUCACCCAAUAGAAUGUCGGGGCCCCCUCAUAUCAUCAUGGAUAUUGGCAAGAACUCGCACAAACACAUGAACGUGUCAGCGUGAUGGAUAACCAACAGCCGAGGUCGUGUAGCAGCCUGCGAUUAAGGUCAUUCAAGGUCAAUCAAUCAAGGUCGUCGGUGAACAUAUCACUGAUUCACUGACAGAGAGCCAAUAUUUAUUUUUGUGAUAAAAACGACAUUUCAGCUGUGUGGCCAUCAUGGUGUGGGUGAGAGUGAACUAUGGACAUAACUGUUAACUAAUACAGUACUAGAAAUUUCAACUAUGUUGACAUAUAUUGAUCACAUAUUAUAAUAACGAAAUAAAGGUUACAAUCAGAUCAUAGAAUUUUAUGUGUUGCUGUAUUCAACAAUAAUUAUCAAAAUAGAUUCUAGUAACCUUGGAGGGGAACAAACAGGACAUUCCAACUGCGGUUGGUUACAGAUCAGUAUGUUGGAAACAAUCAAGUUUUAUGUGUGAAUGUUCUGAUUCAUAUUUUAUGAGCUCUAAAUGCCAGUCUAAACGCUCAAAAUUAUAACUUUUGAAACUGGACAAAAUUAUUGAUAAUCUAUAGGCUAAAUACGUUCAAACUUAUCGUCAAACCAUGAACUUACGGUUUGUUUAUUUUUGGGUUCUAAAACCUAUCAAAUUUCCGAACCACUACAAUUUUCUGACCAAAAAAUUAAGAUUUUUAAUUGUAGAUUGUGAAUUGAUUAUAACUUUGAGCGUUUGGAGCUGCCUUAAAAUCAGUGGCAUCACUCUUUAAUGUUAGUGGUAGAUGUACUGUACUAACUCGACAAUGAUUAAGUGUGUGAAUGAUAUUGUAGAUAUGAUGAGGUAUCAUGAUAAUGUUUGGUGUGUGUAUAGGGUUUAAAAUGUUCAAAUAUAUUAUCUUGACCGAGCUUUGUGAAACCGGACAUGAGUGUUUGAAACAUCAAACAAUUUAGAAUAAUUAUGUGAGACUGUAUCAUAUGUGGGCAAUAUAUAAGUGAACAUGACCCAUAGGUCAGUAUUAAUGUAAAUUCUUGUUAGAUUUCAUAUUUUUGGAUGAUUUGGCACCUAUAAAAUUUAUGUGCAAGAUGAGGAAUGAUUGUAACUUAUGUUAGACUGUUUAAAAUUGCAAUGGUUGUUGAAUAUUAAUUGGUUGUGAUGUUGUGAUCACACUAGAUAAUUUGGUAGAAAUUCAAAAUUUCACAGUUAGUCUCUAUUUAACAAUCUUUCUACUAAUUUCUUUCAACUUGUAUAAUGCAAGUCAUGCAAUAUGAGCAAAUAGAAAAUAUAAUCGAUCCAUAGAUUUCAGUGUGUUUGAGAAUUGUUUUUUUUAAGUCAAUCUCAGUAUUACAUUUUAUCCCAUUCAUGUAUUCGUAUUUUAAAUAAUACUUUCAACUUUUAUAUCAUGCAAAAGUUUCAAUUCAUCUCAUGGAACAUGAAAUUUCAUUUCAUAAUGAUGAUUCCAUUGUUGAUGCCCUUUAGAUGUUUGAAUACAGUAUAAUAGGCUACUGUUCGGUACGCAAUUUGAGGAAAUUGAAAUUAGAAAAUAUUCACUCUUUGGUUAGUGACUUUCUUGCAUUGCCAUCUUCGUUCUGAUUGUGUCAACAUGUGUAAUCAUUCAUUGAAUACAUUGUCAAAAUAUAUUGAUGGCAGAUUGGCAAUCAGUCAUUUGAAAAACCAAACACACUCUUACCGAAGUAUCACUAACCAGGUGGAUGGAAAUACUUCAACUUUGGAGUUCCUGGAUUGUGUGCUACAAUAAUUUGUUUUAUACUUUAACAUAGUAUUCAUGAUUCUCACAUUACCUUCCUCUGAGAUUCCUCUAUACCUCAAAAAUUUCUAAACUUCCUAAUUUUAGGAAAUUGCAAAGUCUGUAGAAACAAACAAUCUGAAAAACGAGUAGGCCUAUUUCGAAUACAAAGUGCGUAAAAAUGUAUUAUUUGUUGGGAAAAAUUGUAUGUUGUGAAUUUAUGAUGCUAUUUUUGUUAUCGGCUAAAUAUUUUAUCAUGAAAAAUCUAGUCAUUUUCGAAUUGUAAGUUAUAGAUUUAUUUAGUAUAUACGAUUGUAUAUUUGUUCGUUUGUUGGAAAAUGUAAUCUCUUACUAUUUCAACUUUAUUUAUUUAUACAUUGAUAGAUUGGCUACAAUAUAAUUCUCAACUAUGAAUGAUUGGGAAAGGAACAACAGGCUUAAAGCCCAAAACUCGUCCCUUCCCAAAUUUGGAUAGAAAUUUAUGAGUGAAUAAAAAAAUAAUGAGUUCAAAGUGGAAAUGAGAAAUAUCAUAAUAUAUGUUACAAAUUAUAUUUGAAAUACAGUAAUAAGGAGCUAUUGGAGUUGAUUGGUUUGAAUUCAAACUUUAUACGUGUCAAAAAACUCUCUACACUGUCCAAAUUGAGUAUCAUUCAAUUUCAGGAACUGUUUGUAAUAAAUAAUAAUCCAAAUUGAUGGACAGGUAAUAAUAAUAUGGUGAUAAAAUUUUAUUAUUGAGUGAAUUCAAAUUAACUAACAGAUCAGUUAAUCCCCAUUUAACAGAAUGACAAUAAUCUUCAUUUGAAUGGUUGCAGUGACUGAUAUGAUAAUUCGACAUAAAAUAAGUUUAAUCUACAAAGAUAAACACACUCAUCUCCUUAGGAAGAAUGUAGUUAUUGUGAUUCUGACAAGUAGGAAAUUCACAAAGCUGAAAAGAUUAUGGAUGUAAAUAGAGUAGCAAUUUUAGUCAUAUAAUAAGAAUUCACAAGACUUGUGCUGUAUAUUAUAAAUUGGUAUGUGCUCUAUGAAUAUUUACUUUAUCCAUUUCCAUCGAAUUAUUAGAAAACUACAAAUGAGAUAUGUCUAAAUAAUAUUGCCUUCUUUGUCAAAUCCUUUAUUCUUGUUAUCAUCUUGUAAAUAUAGAGAUAUAAAUAAUAUGUUCGGUUAUUGCUAGAUAGCUUUAUCCCUGUCUCUAGAAUAACAAAAAUUGUAUCUAUUGAUAGUUUCAAUUUGUAAAUAAUGUUAAAAUUUAACUCUAUUCUAAAUUUUAUGUUUUGGCAGUUACUUUGUAAUUAUAUUGGUUCCAAUGCUUGUUAGAGUUCUUGGAAUAUUUGUUGUAAAAAGAAAGAAAAGAUGGAAAAGAUCUCAUUUUAUUGAAAAAUGCAUGUUUAUGAGCUUGUACAUUUUAUUAAAAAUGUUUGAGAAA